GGCUACAUACUGAACGGUUUUCCCGCGCUGCGCUGUCAUUGUGACAGAAAAAUUGGCGGGAAAGAAGUUUUGAUUUUUCAAACUUUUGUUAUACGCUGUGUAUGAUUUUUACACGUGUUAAAACUUACAAGUGGCCAGUGACAUUAGUUAUAAUAAGUUUUAAUUAAAUACUUUUGAGAGUUUUGUGGUGGUCUUAAAAUGAGUUCCAGUGAAUCAAAGCCUUUCGGGAAAGAGAAAAUGGCGAAGGAAAAGUUUGGUUACGACAACACAGGCUUUGUUAUGACGGAGAAAAAUAUUUGGAUGACAAAGCGAGAAGGCAACGGCAUGGCCGAGGUGGGCAUCUCGCAGACGGUGCUGGUGGAGCCCCGCGGCGGCGACGGCCGCAAGCUGCCGCAGUAUAUCGCAGCCCUUGCAGCUACGCUCGGCGCCCUAGCCGCCGGUUCUAUGCUGGGCUGGUCGUCGCCUGUCAUCUUCACCAUCAGCCAGAAGAACAGCACCGAUUAUUCUUUCCCUGUGUCCGAGGCUGAAGGCGCGUGGGUGGCCUCCGUCAUCAACCUUGGAGCCGCUGCUGUCUGCUUCCCAAUCGGACUUAUCAUGGACGCUAUAGGCAGGAAGAAAACUAUGCUGUGUCUUGUGAUCCCUUUCACACUCGGCUGGCUAUUGAUUACCUUCGCAACAAGCCUUGCGAUGCUCAUCGCUGGUAGAUUAAUCACGGGCAUCGCUGGCGGUGCCUUUUGCGUCACAGCGCCUGCCUACACCAGCGAAAUAGCUCAAGACUCCAUCCGUGGUACUUUAGGAAGCUACUUCCAGCUCAUGAUCACAGUCGGUAUUCUAUUCGCGUACGCCGUCGGAAGUUACACAUCUGUAUUCGUGUUCAACAUCCUCUGUACGUUGGUCCCGAUUGUAUUCUUCAUGGUAUUCUUCUUCAUGCCGGAGAGUCCGAACUAUUUGGUCGUCAAAGGCAGGAAUGACGAAGCUCGUGAGGCGUUAGUACGUUUGAGGGGACGAGCAUAUGACGUUGAUGGAGAACUUGACGGGCUUAAGAGGAAAGCUGAAGAAGCGAGGAACAAUCCAGUCUCGUUCACGUCAGCUAUUACAAAGAAGAACGCUCUUCGAGCCAUCAUGAUUUGCUACGCGUUGAUGCUGUUCCAGCAACUAUCAGGAAUUAACGCGGUCAUUUUCAACACGUCGACAAUCUUCGCGUCUGCCGGCGCUGCCAUUCCAGCCGCCAUUUCAACCAUCAUCAUCGGAGUCAUUCAAGUCAUUGCUACAUUCGUAUCAAGUCUUAUUGUAGACAAACUCGGCAGGCGUAUUCUUUUACUGCUGUCUGCUUUAGUCAUGUGCGUGUGCUCGACCGCUCUCGGAGUGUUCUUCUUCUUGAAAGACACCCAUGGUGAUGAAUCAUCGAUUGUGCUGGCGAUAUCAUGGCUUCCUUUGGUUUCGCUGUCGCUAUUCAUCAUCGCAUUCUCGCUGGGCUUCGGGCCGAUCCCGUGGAUGAUGGCGGGUGAACUGUGCCUAAUUGACAUCAAGUCUUUCGUUGGCUCCACUGCCGGAACUCUGAAUUGGCUUCUGAGUUUUACUGUAACGAGUACUUUCAUCUCUCUGAACAACGCCAUCGGAUCCGGGCAGGUGUUCUGGCUGUUUGCCGGCGUCAUGGUGCUGGCUUUCUUAUUCAUCUUCUUCGUCGUGCCAGAAACCAAAGGCAAGAGCGUCGAUGAGAUACAGCUUAUCCUAGGCGCGGAGCCGCCUGCCGAAACAAACGCCGACGACAAAAAGUAAACCCGGACUGAGUUAAGAACUUUUUUUACAUUGAGACUUGGAGUCUGUUCUCUUUGGUGUCACAAAAGAAAUGCGCUUCGUGAGCAAUAAUUUAGUUUUCCUGUACCAAAGAACUUUUAUCCCAUGAUGUGGAGACGUCGAAUUAGAAUUACGCUGUCUAGCUCUGUGGUAGGUUUAAUUAUUAUUUAUUUAUAUCGUGUAAUAUACGGUUGUUAAAUUAUUGAUAUAGCCGGGUUCGGCGGCGAUGUUUCAACUCAAUGUGUAAGUGAAAUUGUAAGCUUUAGUCCAAAAGUCAUGAAAACUAUUUAUUAUUAAGAUCAGAAUGUAGUGUCAUAUCAUAAUAAAUGUUAUUUAUAAAAUAUUCUUAGAUAAAAAUAUGCCAUAUAAAGUAUUGGACACAUAAAAUCUACUCUAAAUUCUAUGAGCCGUUGUAUGUAGUUUUUAUAUGAAUAUAUUGGUUUUAGAUGCAUAUAAAUUAUACGGUUCAUAUAUUUAUUAAUGUAAUAAAAAAGAAAAAAUAUACAUUAUAGCUAUACUAUCAUAAAGUGCAGUCGACAGCAAAUCGAAAUAAUAUUUUUGUUGCAAAAUUACAUAAGUGUUAACUACACAAUGUUGUGUUCAAUGUGUGGUCGUCCGUACCUAAAUGUUGCUGUUGUCGAGUCAUAUCAUAGUUCAUCUUCCAGUAUUAUUGGCAAUACUUAAUGUAUUUCUUCUUAUAUUAUUUUAUUAUCUACUUAAAAUUCGUAAGGUAAGUUACUGCCAUUUUAUUGUAGCCAAUACUGCUCUACAUAUUAUUUUAUCUUAUGAUAUAGCAUCAUAUUCUAAGCGCCAUAUGACUUGUAAAUGUACUAUGUAUUGUUUUUUUAUCCUAAAUGGAAUUAAUAAGCAUCACACAUUGAGAGAGUAACAUACUGAUUUGGCUCGCAUAUUUAUAUAUUUGUACAUAAAAACCCAGUAAGUAGUGCAAUCUAUUUAAGUUGACAUCCAGCAGAUUAUUAUUAUAAUCCUAAUUGUUUAGAUAAUGUAUUGUUAUUUAUGUAAAUAAUGCCACUUGCCAAUUAUAAGCCAGUCAUUUGUACAAUAUUUUCUACUUCUUUUUAUACAUUCGAAAUUGGACCAUGCAUUGUUAUUUUUAGGUGGAAAAUAUGUAUUUUGAUGUUCCUAUGUAUAUUUUUGGUUGUCAAUAUGACAUGUCUACGCCGCAUAACUAUUUUUAUACAGGAUGCAUUAAAAAUCGUGGUUUUAGAUACAUUCAAUGAAUUUUACGAUAUACGAUUCCAUUCAACCUGUGUAUACUGAGCUCUGUCCGUCUCACUCCCUUUCCUAAUGAGUGAUCGAGACGAAUAGAGCCUAGCGGAGACCCAGAGCUGUGACGGAGUCGUAUCGAGCCAUGUUGUCGAUAGGAUUUUCGGAACUCAGUUUUUGCAAUAUGCGCUUGCGUCGAUUUCCGUUGCAACUCUGUUUCGAAUUUAUUUUCGUUGUAUAUAUUGUUAUUAGACAUAAAUAGUUGCGAAUGUUUUGAUAGUAAUGAAUAAAUGUCGAAUCAAACUA